AUGCAGAACGAGACAUCCGAGCGAGAUCUCCACGCUGAUCUCUUUCCAAACUUCUUCGACAAUAUCUUUCCAGACAGACCCACCGCCAACAUCGACGAGGAGCCCCUCUAUGUCAAUGCAAAACAGUACUUUCGCAUCCUCAAGCGCAGAGUCGCCAGGACCCGCCUCGAGGAGCUUCACCGCCUCUCCAGGCAGCGCAAGCCAUAUCUCCACGAGUCCCGCCACAAGCACGCUAUGAGGCGUCCAAGGGGCCCCGGUGGUCGCUUCCUCACCGCAGAGGAGAUUGCUGCCCAAAAACUUGCUGCCCGGGAGGACGGCCCAUCCAAUGUCGAUCACGACAUAGAGGAGGAAAAUCUCCAGAUGUCUCCAGACCCUGACCCGGAGCCGUCUCCAAUAGAGUCCCCGCCGCCGCCCCCGUCUUUCAUACAGGCGCAGCCUAUGAAUGUUAACAUGGACUAUCAUAGGAAUCAUCUCCAUUCUCUCCAGGCCCCAACCCCACCGCCCCCACCGCCCCCUCAGAAACAGCCCCAGCUGUAUCCUCAGCAGACCCACCAUGCUGCCCAUAAUCACCAUCGCCAGCAGCAGCACCAGUCCUCGCAUCUCCAGCAGGCACAACCACUUCAGCCACAGCAGCAUCAGCCACAGCAGCACCAGACACAUCAACACCAGACACAACCCCAACAGCAACACCAGCAGCAGCAGUCGCAACCACAUACCCAGCAGCCCCAGGCCCAGGCCCAGCACCAUCAUCACCCAGGCCACCAUUCCCACAACCCUGCUGCAGCAAAGGGGGCCCUGAACUCGGCUCCCAUUACCCUCAGUUCUCCUUAUCCUACAGUCCAGAUGCAUCAUGUUCCCCAUCCUCACGCCCAUGCCAGGCAUCACCAUUCAAACUAUGCAUACCAGAUGUACGCCCAGGACUCGAUCACCCAGUCAAACACCCUCGACAUGCAGCGCCGCACUGAAGAGAUGAUCCAAUACAGCACUGCCGGUCCAUCAACUUCCUAA